UCCGUGGGAUUCGCAGCCUCUGGCUAACCAGAAGAUUUCUCGAUCGCGGAAACGCGACCGUCGACGCUGGACGAUGUCGCCUCGUGGCAGCAAGUGCACGCGCCUGAACAAAGCGGCUGCGAAAGGUCGACCUGUGCGCCAUCAUCAUCAGCGACCGACCUCGAACCAGGCCACGCGCGUCGACGACGACGAGGAGACGACGGUCAUCGACGAGAACAACACCUUCGCAUCGGAGACAACUGGCAGAACCACGGCCACGGCUACCACGACCACGACAACGACGACGAACAACACCAAGACCAGGACGAGUAAGUCUGCGGUGGCAGCGUGCGAGGGUCGAUCGUCGUGGGCGACGCGCAUGCGCCAACCCCUGGAGAGUAGCCUCGAGCCCCGUGAAAACAGCACCCUGAUGCAACCAUGGCCGACCAGACAACGCUGCCACUAUCAACUCGUCGAGGAUCGCCCCGACGAUACUAACCACCACGGAGAUGCUGCGGUCUCAUCCACGUCGUCGUUGUCCUCACCCGCGUUCUCCUCCUCCACCGACGCGUUGUCUCGUCGAUCGACGUCCCCUCCGUCGACCACCUCGUCGCCGGUACGUUCCAGCUCACCCAACUCGAUCGUCUCUCAGGAGAAGUUUACGAAGGUGAACGAACAGGUGGAGGAGAAACGAACUGUGGAUUCGAGACGGUACAUCGGUGAUCAGGAUCGAAUCAGACGGCGCAAGCAGGAGAGACAGUGCUCUGUCAGAUCACGCGGGGUUAGAGAGACUGUCACUGAAAAAUCAUCCACCCCAGUGGUAACGGCAUCGUCGGCGAUAGCCUGCGCAUCCACAUCCUCGACGAUAUCCUCACCUUCGCCGUUCUCUUCUUCCGUCUCCACGACCUCGGAUCGAGUGAUCGACCAGUCGGCACAGGGCAGCGUGAAAAGUUGUCCACCUGUGUCGCAUUCGUCGGUAAUCGAAAGUUUGAGAAGUGCUCUGGAGAGUUACGAUCGCAGCAGAAUCUACCUCGCACAUGUGUCCUUCCUGGAUUGGCGGGACCUACCAGGACGACGGCGCGCCACCGUCGUCCCAGCUGGCGACGCUGAGAGGGUGUGGGUGGUGGGGGCGGCUGAUCACGAGGGACACCACAGGACGCGGUUGCUGGUAACCGGUCGCCACUGGCGACCACGUUGCUUGAGACGGGUGAACAUGUUGAGCCAACCGGUGAUAUACGCUGGUGGGGGCAGAGGAUCCUUGACAGUGGACCUCUUUCUUUGGUGGUUCCAUCGAGAGUUCGCCGUGACGGCAAUGGCCAUGCAUCCCGAUGGUGCCGUGUUAGUCGCCGAGAGUGCGGACUACCUGCCACCAGAAGCUGACUGUAUCGCUGCCGACGGUUUGGUCAGACUAUUCGUGGUUCCGAAAGAUUGCCUGGAGAUGAGGAUCGUCGUUAGGGAACUUAGAGUUAGACUAGCCAUCGGGCUGCUUUCCCGAGCUUCCUGCAGCGUUUAUCGUACAUUCUCUAACACGUCGAAAGACGUCGAUCCCUUAACUGCUUACCUGAGAAAUUUUACUCUGAAAGAGGCGUUCGCCGAUUUGCAUCGCGCCUGGUUGAGCAUCAGAUCGGAGACGUUCGCUCGCAGUUGGACGUUGCCGCGCGAUCGCGAAGACGCGUCUGGUAACAUCGGUCCGUCCUUGUCCUCGCGGAUUCACGCGUCACCCGACGAGGAGGAGGACAGAAUCCUGCUGAUCGAGUUGCAGAACGUAGCUAGGGAAGUGGGUCUGGAGGUCAACGACGACGAGCUGAGCAAGUGGAUCCUCGACGAGGAAAGCGAUCUGGCGCGAUGCGUCAGGAAGUUGGAACUCGAAGAGGAUCAUUGCCGCGUGAAGAUCGAGGCGGAUGAGAAGUGGGCCGAUUACGACGGUGGGGAACAGCAACAGGAGGAGGAUGAAGAGGAAGAGGACAAAGAAGACGAGCCGAGCGCGGAAGAAACUGUCGGUCUGCUGUCGAGGGUGCUGACAUGGAUGGAAAGGGAGCCUCUCGAUCCGGGACUAUUACUCGCCGUCAGAUCGAUGCGCGAUACUGCCGCACUCAUGGCGAGCAAGAUGGGCCUGGCGGGGACGCAUCCGAGCGGGUUGCCUUUCUUCUGCCCCAAUGGGGACCACCUGACCCAACCACCGCCUGCUCAUAUGGGAAUUCCACCUUACGGAACGUUGGACGCAGGCAAAGCUGCUGCAGCGGCUGGUCUGACGAGAGCACCGAUGUAUCCCUUCUCCACGGGUCAAUAUCCGUACCCCAUGCUUAGCCCGGAAAUGACGCAAGUCGCUGCUUCCUGGCAUACACCAAGCAUGUACCCCAUUUCACCGGCAAGCACUGGUUUUCGAAGUCCGUAUCCCACGAGUUUGCCCAUCACAAGUUCUAGUUUACCAAGUGAUCUGUACCGGUUUUCGCCGACUGGUCUGAUGCCUCCGCAUCCUGGACUGAGUCCGCACGCACACGCGUUGGCGUCCCACGCGUUGGUCUCCUCGGCGCCGAAAACGGAUCAUUCCACCUUGGAUCACAAUCACAGGUCAUCGGUAGAACAGAAGAACUCGACGUCGUUACCCACGGACAACUCGAAAGCACAGGACACGGGUCAGCAGAAUAAUCAAGAUAAAAAGAAACCCCAUAUAAAAAAGCCUUUGAACGCAUUUAUGCUGUACAUGAAGGAGAUGAGGGCGAAAGUCGUGGCGGAGUGUACCUUAAAAGAGAGCGCUGCCAUCAACCAAAUAUUGGGAAGACGAUGGCACUCGCUAAGCCGGGAGGAGCAGGCGCGGUAUUAUGAGGCGGCCAGGCAGGAGCGCCAUCUCCAUCAGCAACGAUACCCCGGCUGGAGUGCCAGGGAUAACUACGGAUACGGCAGCAAGAAGAAGAAGAGGAAGAAAGAACGGUCCGCAGAUCCCACCGGAGGUAACAACAUGAAGAAAUGUCGCGCCAGGUACGGAUUAGACCAGCAAAGCCAAUGGUGCAAGCCAUGCAGACGUAAGAAGAAAUGUAUCAGAUACAUGGGGGAGGGAGGAGACGGCGACGGCGAAGCGGACGGCGAAGGCGAGGACGAUCAUUCGGAGGACAACCUUGGCAGCGUGGGGGAGGCAGGCACUCCCGAGGAGGACGAGUCGCUGAGCAGUCCCGGGGGUUUGUCCGCGUUGUCUAGUCUGGCUAGUCCAUCGCUGGUCUUACCGUCGCCCUCGAGCCUGGCCAGCCCGUGUCCUUGCCCUUUGACACCCCCGGUGCCGCCUCCGCCCCUAUCGAACCCGACCAGUCAGCCGCACAAUCAGCCUGUACAACCGCCGCCGCCCCAUCGUAACCCGGUCGGCACGAAUCCCCACGACAUCAACAAUCCCCUUAGCGUGAACCAACUGACCGGACAGUGUAUAAAGAGUGAAGUGGUCUCGGCGCCGUCGGGCACCACCAAUCCGGCGAUCAGUGUUACGUAGCCCCGGCCGGACCCACGUGACAAGACUGUUGCUACGCGCCGUGUCAUCAACAGGGUCCAUGUACGUGUACAGACGGCAAGCUGGACGAUAAUAGGGGUCAAUGUCGUCACCUGGUCCAGGGCGACGACGACGACGACGACGACGAGGACGAAGGAGGAGGCGGCGGAUGAUAGCUGGCUCCUCUUCAUUCGGAUCGUCGUUAGGACAGAUCUGAAAUCGGGGAUUUGUUGGCCAAUCGCGUCAGUCGUGUGAAGACUAUACAAGGAGAUCCGGGUAAUCAAGUUGGAGCCCAGGGUCCAGGAAAAUGAUGGAGUGUGAAAUCGACUCGGAUCCAGGACGCAAGGGUACGAGGAAGAGAUCCUCGGGAUAAUCGUGUCCAGUCUCUCGCCGCGUUCGUUCGUCGGGACAGACCCAGUGUCCAAAGUCUUUAACAGCGAUAGGCAGAGGAGUCUGGGUAUAUAAGGACGUUCACGCGUGUUUACGAUCGAACGAACAGACGGACAAGCGAAGAAAAGUAAAGGCAAAAGAAACAUAUGAACAUACGAUGCAGAAAUACUCAGGACCAAGUGUCUGGCUGUAGUCACCCACUCGAGAGAGAGAGAGAGAGAGAGAGAAAGAUUGUCAGUUCGCAUGCUAGAUAGACGGAAUGAGAGGAAGAGUGUGCCUGCGUGAGAGAUGUUGAAAGAGAAUACAAAAAGAGAGAGAAACUAUAUGAUACGCAUAACUGGCUGACGAUGAAGGUGCGCGUGACACAGCUUGUAGUCCUUGUUACGUUGUGAUGCCAAUGACUGAGAGGUCAUGUUCCUGUGCCAGGUACUAUAUUCUAUAAAGUAAUUAUACCGCAGACGUAUAAACUAAAGGUAAAACGAGCAAGCAAGAGAGAGAGAGAAAGAAUGAAAGAUAGAAUGAAAGAGCAAUGCCGAGAGAGAAAGAAUGAUGUGUCCAAGCGAGAACGAGACAUUUCGUCGUCAUUCAUUUGAUUCGACCUCACGAUGUCGGAAUACCUAUUCUCCUGUAUGUAAUUUGUUAUUUUUUUAAAAGUCUAUAACACUGUGCGAUUGAUUAGCAUGUAAGAUCUCUUCAUUUUAUUUCGUUUCACGACGCGACAAUCCGUGUCGCUGUUUCAAACCCGCCCUUCAACGAAAAUCCACCUGCGUACCCGCUUUUAUCUGACCUUCGUCGUUAUACCUUUCCUCUGAUUCGUAUUCAGAGUUACCUUUUCGAUUAUAUAGAUUGUACGGCGUAACGCGAUCGCCAGGUGAAACGUUUAUCGAAUUGUUUCUUUACAUGGAUCUCCAUUGCAUAAUUAAAAAAAAAAAAAAAAAACAGCUGUCUUGGGCGAAAUCUCAGGAAUCCGUGCGGACUCGAUGAUCAGACGUGGCUCGUUCAUGAACGAUGAACCCUAAUCCUAAGUUUUACAACCCCGUCAGGAUCGAAAUCGAGAGGAGAUCGAGGAAUCUGGAGGCGAUCGAGAACGAACAUGCGCACCGUUCGCGCUUUCGGGCCAUCGAAGACAAUAACCAUAACACGGCGAGGAAGAAAUUGUUGUGGCAUCGAAUCGCGCGGUUCAGAGCUUCCAUUAAAACGUACAAGGUUAAUCGUGUUCGAUCGAAAGUCGCUGUUCCUCUGUGUUCUCUCGUCAAUUGUUCACAUGACGUCGACAAAGCAGGAGAGAAGGCAUGUAUUAUUUAGAGAACGUCGUCUACGCGAGCGACAAUCGCUUCUUCGCGCGUUUUAUUUCUUCUUUGAACCCUCGAGCUGUGACUCUCUUAAUUCUUUAGCAUUUCGAUUCGUUUCACGUUUUUUAAAAGAAACAUUUCUUGUAUUUCGGCGUAAUAAUCGAAGAAGAAACGCGCGAUAGAACGCGAUCAGUUUAAUCAUUUUAUUUAAUUGGAACUUGAAAAUUUACCGGUUCCUGUUUGCGAUGAAAAAGAUUGUGAUAGACGAACGAGAAAGAUAAAAACGUUUAGAAAAUUGUUAUCGAUCUUGACUGAACGACAAAGCGUAUACGAGUUUCCCCUGCUUGUUUCCGUCUCGUUUGUAAGUUUGCGUUUUAUCUUCUGAUCGUCGAUGUGCGAACCCUUUAAGCGGCAAUAUAAUUGUUCUUGUAUAGCGGCGACUGGUUGAAAGAAAGAACGCGUAGAAUGAUGUUUGUCGAUCGUGCGCUCGUUUUCAUAAUUUUCUUUCGUUUCCUUUUUUAAUUCUUGUUACCGUGGAAUAUACGUGCGAACGAACUCGAUAAUUCCACGUCCAUUGCAAUGAUCGUUUUAUUUUUUAUUUUUUUCUCUUCAGUUUCCUUUUAUACGAUUGUUAAGAAUCGAGCGACGGUUAUGUGCAAUUUCGCACAAGUGUUUCUUUUUUUUUUUCUUUAAAUUUUAUUCGAAUUUUUGAAUAGUAAAUCGAACGAGUUAGAAGUGAUAGAUAUUUUGCGCGAAGCCUGUUACCACGAUUAUUUUCUUUCAUUUUUUAUUAUGGAUUAAAAAUUCUAUUGCUCGAAAUCCUCGAGUGCGAUCCAAUUAUCCCUGAUCGAUCGAUACAUAGGAAAAAGAUAACGUAAGAGAAGAGAAAGAACGAGCUGUACACGCGACGAUUGUUGUUUUCUCGUGCGUUUUCAUUAAAACGGAGCAGCUUGUGUACAUAGGAUAGAGAUACGUUUUUAAGGUGUAUUUUGUUGCGUCGAAUGGGAAAGUGCAAUGGAGGACUUUGACGAAGAAUAAGAAGAUGGAAGAAGAAGAAGAUCAGCAGAGAAAUAGAAGGAAAAAGAGAGUUUGCGUUAUGCCGCCAUGUGGAAGUCACGCGAGCGAAAGAGUGAAUGAGAACGAAUGAGAGAGUUUCUGUCUUUUCUUCCUGUUCUCUUCGUUUCUUUUCUUAUCAUUAUUUUUUUAAUCUUUCUUCUCCGAUUCUACGAUUCACCCCCUCGACUGAAGCAAUCACCGAUGUCUCUGUAUAGCGAGAGGAGCGUAAAAUAAAACUGUAAUACGCGUCGUGUAUCGAACAGUAAACUUGAACGUGCCAUAACGACAUCAUGCCAAUAUUAUCAAUAACCCAUAUUUUUUACACUGCGAUCCGUUUCGAACAUCGUUCUGUCAGUCGUAUCCGAGGCUUUGCGUUCAACCACGCGUCUCUUGCUUCUUUUGCCGCGUUUUUACCUCAACCACCGGUUAUUCUCUCCCUUCGUUGCCUCCUUCUCCUCCGUCGACCCAUCUUUGCACGCGAUCCACGCUCUAUCAUCAAUAAUAUUUGCAGAAUUUUAUUUUUCACGUACCUAUGCUUGUCAAUUUAUUUGAAACAUUGAACGCGAAUUAAUCAAUGAUCCGUAAGGAUCUAUGACUUAAAGUAUACGACAAUCGAUCAGCGAUCAAUUUGCGAUUUCGUGGGUUCAAGUAAAUCUUAAACAGACACUUUUUCAAUAAUUUGUGCUAAAAACUAGAUAUUUUUAAAAUUGAAAAAUUAUCCUUCUAUUUUCAUAGAAUUACCUUCUCAAAUAAUAGUACUCGAAAAAAAUUUGGAUACCUCGGUGAAGAUCGAGGUUCGAUCGUGAAGAAGGAGGCAACAAAUGAUCCAAGUACGGGCAAGGACGACCAGCGGUUCACGGAACGAGCGCAAGGGUAUGAAAGAAAGAGAAAAAGGAAAGAAGGACUACAGAUCGUACUGACAGACGUUAGCCACAAAGAAAAGACUCGUAAAACCGUGCGAUGUAUUAUUCCGAGUGUGUCGCGUAUGUGUCUGCGUGUGUGUAAUUGCGAAUGUUGCGUGUUCGUGAGACGAUGACUGUUGUACGAGUCGGGUUGCGGGGGCAGAGAUCGCAGGGGAUGAUGCUCGGAACACAAGAAGCAUUUAUGUAUAUGAACGCGUUUCCUCGAAGGAUCAACCGAGCUGACAGAAAAUAUCCUCGACCAGGCUGAAAUCCUUCCAGCGAUGUUCAACGAGACUCUACCGCGAAUACGAUUCAGUCAAAGAUCAAUCGUAUUCGCGGUAGAGAUGAUUUCUUGGUAGGGGAUGAAUUAUUUAGGAAAUUGUACCGAGAGUUAUCCUAAGGUUGAACUCUGCUCGUGGAACUUGGCGUGUUAGUUCACUUUUCAAGGAACGAGACGACGUCGGGAGGGUCCGUCCGUGGAGGACCCACCAGUGGUCAGGGGACUAGGAAGCUGUUCUCACGUUGCAUUUUUUUAGGGGGAAAAAAAAAGGAUUCGCGACGAAAGGAAGUUGUACGUGAUGGGACAGCUUCCGGAACCCGCUUAAGACGGCCUAGCAGACCGCGUGUGACGUCGCGAAUAUCGGUCGGGAACGACUGUUGGCUGAUUAUACGAUAACGAUUUCACGAGAUAACGAAGUUGGCUCCGUCGCGGUUGGGCUCGUCUCGCUUCAAGGAGUGCUUGUAACAUAUUGUAAAGUAUCACCGACAGUUCUCAGCUGCGUUGUACAGUGUUUUCUAAGUAUCUAGUUUAUAUAGCGUGUAAUUGAGGACACACAUUGUAUUUACACUAAAUAAGUGAUCUGUAUCAAAUUCAUUCUCGUAUAGCCUGUACUCCUACUCAUGUAGAUGCUAAAAGUGAUUUGUGUCAUAAAGAAACCUAUAAAUAAAAUUAGCAAUUUGAGAAUGUU